AUGGCUAUCGAGAUAGAAGAGCCCUCAUUUGACAGCAAUGCUCAAGUAGCCAAGGACUUGUUUGCAGGAACAAUGGGAGGUAUUGCUCAAGUUCUUGUUGGCCAGCCUUUUGAUUGUGUCAAGGUAAGAUUGCAAUCGGCACCGGAAGGAACAUAUAACGGGGCGUUGGACGUUAUUAAACAAUUGAUCAAGAAUGAAGGGUUUGCUGGGUUUUAUAAAGGUACAUUGACUCCCUUGGUUGGUGUAGGUGCUUGUGUUUCCGUGCAAUUUUCAGUAAACGAGUUUAUGAAACGUUAUUAUGACCAAAAGCUUCAUGGAAAGCCGUUAAGCUUGGUACAAUUCUUCAAUUGUGGAGCUGUUGCUGGGUUUGCCAAUGGAUUUUUAACGUCCCCCAUUGAGCAUAUUCGUAUUAGACUUCAAACUCAGACAGCUGGCAAAAAAAUCUUUCACGGCCCUAUUGAUUGUUUUAAGAAGAUUUACCAGAUUGAUGGCUUGCGGGGUAUCUAUAAAGGUUUAGGGCCGACAUUGGUCAGGGAGUCAGUUGGAUUAGGUAUUUAUUUUGCCACCUAUGAAGCCUUGAUAGCCAAUGACUUGAAGAAACAUCCCGGUUUAACCAGAGCAGAAAUCAAGCCUUGGAAAUUGUGCAUGUAUGGUGGUUUAAGUGGAUACACUUUGUGGAUUUCGAUAUAUCCUGUUGAUGUGAUCAAGUCCAAGUUGCAGACUGAUGCUUUGAAGGGAGCGAAAUAUAGUUCCUCGUUGUCUGUGGUGAGGGAUGUCUUCCGUAAACAAGGAAUAAAAGGUUUUUACAAAGGAUUCUUACCAACAAUACUAAGGGCUGCUCCAGCAAAUGGUGCCACGUUUGCCGUAUUUGAGAUAACAAUGAGACUCCUUGGUGGAUCGCCGCAGUGA